AUGGCCGACUCGUUCAUCAAGGCCGAUCCGGAGCAGGAGGAGAAGAAGCCGCUGGGGUCGAUUGACGAGGACGACCUCUACGAGGAUGCCGGCGACCUCGAAUUCUACGACAACACGGGGCCCGGCCGGCAGUUCGAGACGCUCUACCUCGCGCGCGUGCCCAGGUACAUGUGGGAUGCCUGGCUCAAGAUGGCGGACCGGCUGGGCGACGACGACGAGAUCCAGAUCGGCACCCUCCGCACGUGGAACGAGCCCGUGCCGGACGCAAGCAUCGAGGGCGGCACCCGGGACGUGACGAAGCUGCGCAUGCUGCUGGAUGCCAAAUGUCCCGAGCACCAGGAGCUGCCCCGCGAGUACGACCUCGAGAUUCUCGACCGCGAUGUCCACAACCACUUCAUCUUCAGCGAGCAAGACCUGGAAAGUUUCAAGGCCAAGAACAAGGAGCGUGCCGACGCGUCGGCCGCCGGCAUACCCUUGGCGCUGCUGAGGCAGAAGCAGGCGGCCUCCGGCGAUCAGUCGUCGGGACCGCAGCGACCGACGUACGACCGCCGGAAUCGGUACCAGCCGUACUUUCGCAAGGCCAUCCCCAAGCGAACCAAGAUAUUCGGCAAGAUAUCAUACGACGUCCGCGUCGAGCCGCGGAACCUGCAGGAGGAGGAGCGGCUGUUGGCCCAGAAGCUCCUCGACGCCGAAAACUCCAAGUCGAAGCUUCAGAUCAUCAGCCGCAACAGCGCGUCGGCCAUCAUCAACCCGGGCACCGCCACGGCGGCGCAGUGGAGCGGCAACUUUAUCAAGAACGCGCCGGUUCAAGUCAAGCCCAAGAAGGGCGAGGUGUUCAAGGCGGCCCGCAUCCCCAAGAACCAGCUCCUGGAUCUCAUCUUCGACUGCUUCCGCCAGUACCAGUACUGGUCCAUGAAGGCCCUGCGCCAGAAGCUCGAGCAGCCCGACUCGUACCUCCGCCAAGUGCUGGAGGAGGUGGCCGUCCUGCACAAGAGCGGACGCUUCGCCAACCACUACGGCCUGAGCGAUGCGUACAAGGACAAGGGGGGCAGCGAGGCCAAGGAGGAGGCAGCCGAGGCCGCCGACGACGGCGACGACGACGACGGCGAGGAGAUGGAGGAUGUGCUGCCGGCCUGA